CAGGAGGAUGAAGACGUUGCUGGUGAUCCUGCUCCUCAUAAAUGUUUCCCAGCAUGCCUCAGCUGUGGAGCUGUAUGAGGGGGACUCGUUCAUCCUGCCCUGUCAGUAUAACACUUUCGCUCUGACUGACCCCACAGUGGUGUGGAGUCGCUCCGACCUCAGUCCUCCAACCGUCCACCAGCGUCAGCUUCAAGGAGACGAACUGAAAGAUCAAAACCAGCGUUACAGCGGCCGAACAUCCAUGAAGACUGACGCUCUGGAAACUGGAGAGCUCAGCCUGAACCUGACCAACCUCCAACUGUCUGACAGCGCCACCUACACCUGCUCCGUCACAGACCUUAGAUAUGGCUACAUGAAACUGGGCGAUGUACAGGUGCAGGUCAAAGAACGGUUCCCAUCUUGGGCCAAAGCUCUCCUGGUUCUCCUGAUUCUUCUUGUGGUUUCUGGAGGUCUUUUAUUUCAUUUCUGUCACUAUUUCAUGUCAGGUGAGUGUCUCCUCCUACACUACCCAUAAUGCCG